AUGAAACUUCGGGCCGAGGAGACGAAAGAGACUCCAGCCCAACUCAUCAACCAUGUUCGGAGUGGGGCGUCUGCAGCCGUGCAGAUGGAGUUCCCGUCGCGCCGUACUCUGGCCAAGGUGGUGAAUCGUGUGAGGAAAGCCUGCGCCGGUGCGCCUGCUUUACCGACGGACCGCAGUAGGAUAUUUAUCCCCGACGAAUACGCGUACGAGUCGGCACCAGGGCACUCAGAGUCGUUCCUGAUUGGGGAUUCCGGGUGCGGCGAUGAAGAUCGUAUCCUAAUUUUCGGUCGUCAGUCCGUAGCUGAGUGGAUCGGUCUGGUAGAGAAAAUAUACGUCGACGGGACAUUCAGCUUGUCGCCUGAGCUCUUCCAGCAAGUAUUCGUUGUUCUCGCAGAGCGGUCGGGCUUCGUCUUCCCCGUCUGCUACGCGCUCCUGCCGAAUAAGAGCCAAGCUACACACACGCGCAUGAUUCAACUUCUUCGUACCGCUUGCCCCCACUUCAAGCCGACCAAAGUCUCUCUGGACUUCGGAAUCGGCUUGAUCAACGCCUCCAGAACCACCUUCCUCGAUGCCGAGACGAACGGUUGUUUGUUCCACUUGGUUAAGGACAUGAAGGGGAAGUUGAUGGAUCUCGGCCUCAUAAAACGCUAUAACCAAGACGCGGAGUUCGCUCUAUACCCCCGUAUGAUACAAUCCGUGGCAUUCGUUCCCCCUCCAGCUCCUCCGUCACCUCCUUUCGGCGGUAUAGUUCUUGGCUGA